UGAGAAUACUUAUAGAUGGAUUGCUAUUCUUUAGACUUAAUCUUAAGAAUUAUUUAUGACCAAUUACACCGGAGAAUUUGAACAAGGCCCGUGAAUGACGUAAUGAAUUUGUUUACUUCCGAUCCAUGAAUUAUUUAUUUGGAGAAUGAAAUAUGAUAAAAGACAGACUAUUUCAGGAGAGAGAUCACUUCACAGAAAUACAAAGAAUAACAUUACAGUUGUUGGAUAAAGGCAUAUAUAAAUAGUUGUACGUACUGUCAUGACUCAAGUUUCUAAUUUGGGAUUUCAUUUGUGCAGGGAUUUACUGAUAAGAGUCGAUUUUAGCAACACCUGGUCUAUAUUAAACAUAAUAUUAUGGGCGCUGGGGAUUAUUGGUGUGCAGUAUGUCGUAAAGGUAAUUUAAUACAGCUGGCUUUGGCCAAUACUUCAAAGUUCUUGGAUUAAAGGGCCUACUGUCUGGAGUAGCAGAAUUUGAAGUGGUGCGUUAAACUUAAACAGUUCUCAAGAUCACGAGUGGAUCUUAUUCUGCUUUGUAUGUGUUACAAAUCCUACAAGUGGUUAUGGCUUAAUAACAUAGAUCAUGGGAGAAUUCGACUUAAGCUUUAAAAUUAUACUAUUAGGAGAUUGUGGUGUUGGUAAAACGCGCUUAAUUAAGGAACUAUCCAAGAAGAACUAUACACCAGUUUCUAGUUGCUGUUGUUAUUCGUUUACACCAAAUUCGAACGUGGAUUUAGAAUUUCAUCGCUAUGGAAAGAGAAUCAGUGUUAAAAUAAUAGAUACAGGAGGUCAGGAAAAAUAUAGAAGUAUGACGUCAUCCUAUUUUCGAGGUUGUGAUGGUUGUUUAUUGAUGUUCAGUGUAAAUAGGAAAGAGACCUUUGAACAUAUCAUUACAUGGUACGAAUCUCUACAAGAAUACUGUCCAGCAACAACAUUCACAACAGUCCUGAUAGGAACUCUGACAGGAACCUUGACAGAUGAUUCGAAUUGCCAAAUACCCCAAGAAAGAAUACACAAAAUGGCCGAACAUAUAGGAGCACCGUAUAUAGAAAUGGAUUUAUUGAACCAGGAAAGCAUUAUUCACGGACUGGAAGAGGUGGUAGAUAUAUUGUCCAGAAAAUAUACUUUUAAAAGACCUUUAUAUGAUGAUAUAAAGCAGAAAUCUAUAAACUUAGAGAAAAGUGAAAUCAAACCAAGUAAAUCUCUAUGUGGAUGUUGA